CUCUGUCUGUUCCUCCUUCGUCAAUAACUGCAGUAUUGAUUGUAGCCGCAAUACUUGUCGGCCUUCCUGUGAAAAUGCUCCGCAAGAUUGUAGGCCCCAACAGCGUUUGCAAAAUUGGCAACGCCCCGUUUGAAAUUUCCGGCGACCUUUCUAAAGAAUUCACCAAGAAGUCUCCUCCGAUCGGCGGCGGCGUCGGGUCCAGAUGACGCGCUGGUAGUCUUGACCUCUGGCUCAACAACUGCAGUCAGUCGUUAACACACAACGGACACUGACUGACUGACAGACUGAGUGAGUGAGUGGGUGUGUGCGUACCUUCAGUUGUGAUUUCGUCGGCACCAUCAGCUGUCCCGCCUCGCAAUCGUCUCGCCAGCACAGAGGGUGCGGCACCAGCAGCAGCAGCAGCAGCAACAGCAGGCGGCUGUGGAUCAGCCGACGCCAGAGUGAUGCCGACAGCACACAGCAGCACGCUAAGGACCUUCAUCAUCCUUGUCAGGGGCAGUUGGAUCGAUG